GCCUGAGCAGAGGCGGGAAAUGGCGUCUGUUAACAACGGUGUGUCAUUUGAGAAACGGCUAUUGAGAUCAGAAAUUUAGCUCCAUAAAUACGAAAACUUACUGGCUCCGUUGUGAUGGCAUUUGGGUCGUGAGCGCAUAUUUCGAACAACGCCGUGAUUUUUACAUGUGAUUGCUACAACGAUGAGGCUGAGAAUGCGUAAGGAGGCGUCUCAGCAGCCGAUCCCCAGUCUGACGACUCGUCCAUCUAGGACCAAGAGAAGGCAUUCAGAAGUCGAAGAGGACACUCCUACCAGUGGUGGCAGGGGAUUGUUCUCGACUAUCAAAAAGUUCAUCAGAGGAAAUGCUGUUAAGGUGCAGCAGGAAAGCCCGGCCAAGAAGGCCUGUCUCCACUGUGAUGUGGACAACAACCUGAUCACCUCAACUCCAGACACAAACACUGCCCUUAGAAUUGGCAAAAAAGGCUCUGUCAACGGAUUGGUGACCAAUCAUGACAGGAGUAAGGAGAAGCCCAACGGCAACCUGGGGGAGACGACGACUGCAGAAGUGCCCACAAGCCCUCCCAGGACAACGCUUCUUGGAACAAUCUUCUCUCCUGUUUUCAACUUCUUCUCACCCGCUAAAAAUGCCUCAUCUGGAUCGGACUCGCCAGACCAGGCAUUGGAAGCUGAGGAAAUAGUCAAGCAGCUGGAAAUUGAACAAACAGUGGAAACGCCCACCAACAUAGCCACAUCUACACAGGAACAAUGUACCAACACUAACUUCUACUCAAGUGUAUCCCAGCUGCCACCUUUGCGACCUCCGCACAUCUCUGCUGGAUACCACACAGCAGAGUUGGGAGAGACUGAUACUGACCUUCCACCCCUCACUGCUCCAGGCUCCAGUCCAAGUAUGGCAUACAUGAACACUCCUCCUGCUGCAGUACCACCAGAAACAUCCUAUGAAGAAGACUGGGAGGUCUUUGACCCGUAUUUCUUCAUCAAGCAUGUCCCUCCAUUAACAGAAGAGCAGCUCACUCGGAAACCAGCCCUUCCAUUGAAGACUCGUAGCACACCUGAAUUCUCUCUGGUCCUUGAUCUGGAUGAAACACUGGUUCAUUGCAGUUUAAAUGAGCUGGAGGAUGCCGCCCUUACCUUCCCUGUACUCUUUCAAGAUGUCAUCUACCAGGUGUAUGUACGCUUGAGACCGUUUUUUAGAGAGUUUUUGGAACGCAUGUCUCAAAUCUAUGAGAUCAUCCUUUUCACAGCCUCUAAAAAGGUGUAUGCGGACAAACUGCUUAACAUCUUAGACCCUAAGAAACAGCUAGUCAGACACAGGUUGUUUCGGGAGCAUUGUGUCUGUGUCCAAGGAAACUACAUCAAGGAUCUCAACAUUCUCGGCAGAGAUCUGUCAAAGACCAUCAUCAUUGACAAUUCACCGCAAGCCUUUGCAUACCAGUUGUCAAAUGGAAUUCCCAUCGAGAGCUGGUUCAUGGACAGAAAUGACAACGAGCUGCUGAAGUUGGUGCCCUUCCUAGAGAAGCUGGUUGAGAUGGACGAGGAUGUGCGGCCGCAUGUUCGGGAGAGAUUUCGUCUUCAUGACAUGUUGCCUCCUGAUUGAACUCCACUGUUUCAUCUCAGAUGGGCUUUUAGCAAGGACGGACUGAAAACCAUGUGUGUAAAAAGCCGCUUCAAACGUUACCAUUGCUUCAUUUUGUUUUGUUUUCAAAACUCACUGCUUUAAAAAAAAAAAAAAAAAAAACACUAUCUGUUCAGAAGAAAAUUGUUUUUAAAGAACUGGUUGAAAUUUUCUCAAUGUAUGCAUGAUGUAAAGAGACACUUCGAAGUCUGAGUCGUUCCAAUUUUGGAUCGACUUUUCAGCUGUGGGGCAGACAAUGGUCUCCACACUAUUUCAAGGAUUUGGUGCUUGCUUCGUGGCUGUAAAAACACCACCUGUUCAGAGGAACUCUAACCUGAGGCGUUGAACCCAAACCCAUCCCUGGUGCUGAAGCUGUUGACACUCCAGUCUGUACAGCUGGCCUGCAAAUCAAUCCGCAUUUGUGUUUACUCUUUGCCACACUCACACCAACUUGGUAAUGUAGUGGUUGGCCAACUUUGUAGCGUUUCAAUCUGAUGCAUUCCGCUGUAGGUGAAUCAAGGUUUUACCGUAUUGUUCUUUUUUUGUUGUUGUUGUUUUGGUCUUUUUGUUUGAAAUUAGUGUUUCCAGGUGAUUUAUCUUCGAAAUGUUUUGAAAGGGGGCGUCAAAGUGUUCACAGUUAACUGUUCAAAUCUAACAAUGGGAGCACAGUAUGUUCUCCGAGGCUUAAAUCCAAGUUUUUUUUCUUCACUGUGGACGCAGCAUAGUUCUUUUAAAAUAGUGCGUGGAAGACAUCUUAUGUAAAUCUGGCAUAGUGUAAGGUUUGAGGGCAUUCAUGUUUGAAGUGAUGUGUGUCAACGUUGCAGUAUUUGGUUUGUCAAUCAGUAUUGUCAUCUACUUGUAAUUCACUAGUAUUCUGUCUUAAUCACAGCCUCGCGUCUUUCCGUUGUAAAGUGUAAUUUGAUGGCUGUCACUAGCAUAAUGACAAUGUAGCGCGGCCAGUGUCUCCAGACAUCCGGUCACAACCUCGAACCAGCCACAUCUGGCACCAGCAACAUAUUUUCUCCCUGCCGGCUUCACUGAGCACCCUCUAUGCGUGUACGUGGAUGUUGUUUCCGCCAAACAUUUUUGCAAGUGAGACAGAGGACAAAUGUGCAACAUUGAGGUGACUUGGACUCGGCAAUCUGCGUUGGCGCAGUCUCCUGAUAACUGGGCAGUAUUUUUGUUUUCGGUUUGUAUCAAAAUGUUUUUUUUUUUUUUUAAACUGGCACAUGUGUCAGCGUUGCUCUGGGUUUCUUUUACCGUGCCAUGUGAUCAUUUCUCUGCUAGUAGCUUUCGUCGGUUCGACAGAAAAAGACAAUCAGACCGCAGAGCGCCGCUCAUUGCUGCACUAUUGUGCACUUGCAUUAAUUUGUGUCCAGUGUGUUAGAUUUGUCAAAUGGAUCCUGCUUUCCUUGCUCUGGCCACAUAGUCCCUGCUGUUGAAGGCAGGCGGUUAUCAGAGGUGGUUGCCAAAUGUUCGGCACCUGCCCUUUCUUGCCUUUUGCAUCGUAUGUUGCUUGUGCUCCAGAAAUUAGAUUGGGCUUGUGUUUCUCGUAAAACGACGGUUGCAAGGCACAAUGAGGUUUACUUGUACCGGUGAGUGCACAUCUAGACACUGAAUGUAAAUUGUGCAUGGGUCGAAGUCGCGGGUGUCUUUCCCAAUUCUUCCUCAAAAUCUAGAACAAAUAGAUGAGAGGCAUUGGCGACUGAAGGGAUAGGAGAUGCACCUUGAGGUCCCGCCCUGGCGCCCAGAUCUCACAAUUUUUUUUUUUUUUUUGCCAACUUUUAGUAUGCAAGCCUCACUGAGCGAUUGUGUGACGCUUCUGAGUUUGAACGUUUCUCUCAUAGCGGUUUCUGAAGGAACUGGGAGAGGCAUUUGAUGUGUCAUCCAGCUCCUUUUUACGUGCAUUACCAGUUUAUUGUACACUCUCUGUGGUACAAUACAUGCAGCCUUGUUUUUUUUUAAUCCUUAAAAUAAGGAAACCUUUUGUAUCUUUGAUUUUAAAAAGGCAUGUAAUAUCAACUUGUAAAAUGUAUUAAUGAAGAUUAACUUCACAUGGAUUUUUUUUCCUCUUGAAAAUGUUUAUUUAGUUUAGCACAAUGUCAGUAAACUGUUAAACUUAGCAUGUAGAGGAUACAGUUUGUUUUUGUGUCAGAAGUCCUGAGUUAAAUUUGAAUCAAUGCACUUUUUCUGCUAAGAGUUAAGUCUUUCGGAAAAGUAAUCGUAUUGAUUAUAUAUAUAUUUUCCCCCCUCCCGUCACCCCUCAAUCUCAUAUCUCUUAUGCUAUUUUACUUGUAAGAAUUAUAUGUUCAGAAGAUGUAUUUUAAAAUGUUUUAAGACAUCUUUGUUAGCCGCUCGGCUAUGUACUAUUGUAAAGUGUAUAUACAGUUACAUUGAAUUUCUGAAACAAAGUUUUAAAGUUAAAAGCC